AUGCCUUCGUGGUCGUGGCUUGACAUCCAAGAGUCACGUGAGUACGUCUCACGAGAGGACACCGGGGUCAGCCAUUGCGAUGUUGGUCACUGCAGCUGGCCCCUAUUCCUGGAAAGCAGGGUUCCACAUUUUACUCAAGUGGACACGAGUUCCGCCAAUUAUCCUCGAAAUCGACCCUUGCCAGCUGUGCCUGGAGUCAGGCUUCCCCCUCCUAAAUGGGGACUGGUGUCGACUUUUGAAAGUGUCAUGGAGUCGCCUCGUGUGCGCUGCGACGUGGAGCAGGUGCUGAUUCGCAGCUCCCGGAAACUCCAUGGGAGGCUUCUCUAUGCAAAUUACACGGAUGCGUCAGACUCGUUCCGGGCGACGUGGUAG